GCGCGAUUUCCAAAGUUGUUUCUCCGGCAACCUUGUACGGUGUAUCAGUUAUCAGUUAAUACUAAGUGUAAGUACAUCGUAUGCGCUUGCUGAGUUGUGUGCUCACGUUUCUCUCUCCCUCUUUUCCCUUUCAGAUUCUGAUCACUAAACUCACAAACCUCUCUGAAACAGCGUACCACCCACCUACAGUCAAGACAAAAACCUAUCAACAACUGUUCGUUUGCUUUCUGUGUGUGCGUUGUCAUCAGUGUUGAUGUGCUUUCGUCAUUUCGAACCCAUUGACAUCUGUUUUGUUGCUAAGUUCCCUGAAUAACUUGGGAGUCUGUGGCAAGCAACAAUGAAACUGGCUUUUGUAACCGGGUCUAAUAAAGGUAUUGGAUAUAGUAUUGUUGAGAAGCUUGCAAAAUUUUAUGGGACGUCAGGAGAAUGGGACAUUUAUUUAACAGCUCGGAACGUUGAUCUUGGUCUUCAGGCUGUGAAAAAACUGGCAGAUGAAGGACUUGAUGUCAAAUUUCACCAAUUAGAUAUAACAGAUCCUAACAGUCGAAAAGCAUUUCUGUCAUUUGUGCAGAAGAAUUAUCCUGGUGGGAUAAACAUUUGUGUGAAUAAUGCUGGCAUAGCUUAUAAAGUGGAUUCUCCAGCUCCAUUUGGUGAGCAAGCCAAAGUUACGGUGAACACCAAUUUCACUUCAACCGUUGAUUUUAUUGAGGAGUUCAUUCCCUUGUUAGCUGAAAAUGCUAGGGUUGUCAAUGUAUCUAGUUCUGUGUCUUUGUCCAGUCUGAAGAAAUUAAGCAACGAAUUGUACGAGAAAAUCGUUGGGCCUAUGAAUCUUUCAGAGCUGAGAACACUAAUGUUGGAAUUUGUUAAGUGCGCUGAAGAUGGGACUCAUUCCGCUAAGGGUUGGCCAUCUACUGCAUAUGGUGUUUCCAAAAUAGGCCUUACCAAGGCUUCUUUCAUUUUCGGUGACAUGUUAAAAGAUGACUGUAGAAAAAUUAUCAUGAAUUCGUGUUGCCCGGGUUAUGUUGAUACUGAUAUGACUAGUCAUAAAGGAGUGAAGACUACCGAUGAAGGCGCUGAUACACCGUUUUACUUGGCCACAUUACCGAUUGGAUCGAAGGAGCCAAUUAAUCAAUUUGUUUAUGAAAGGAAAGUGGUUGAUUGGCACAAGUGAUGCUUUAAGGAGUCUACUUUCUCAUGUCUAUUUAACUCAGGGAUAUUUAUACAACUUCGUUGCUAUGUUAUCUUGAUUUGUGUCAGUUAGUCAGUCAGUCGAUUGUUUGUUUGUUUUUUCACUGAGUGAUGUUGUUGUAUUUCUUUUUAAUAAAUCAUUUCAUAUUGAAGAUAACGCAUGGAUUGUGUUAUUGAUGUGGAUUGUGUUGUGUAUCAGUUCAGUGUGUUCCCACAGUUAUAGGUGGGGAGGGGGGUUGCCGGAUGUAAGUGUAAAAUUCUCCAAUCACUACUUCUGUGGUAUUUGUAGUACUCCAGUGAAUUAGACUUAUUAGUCAAUAGUUGAAGAAUAUUUUUCUCAGCUUAAGUGAAUCGAUUUCAUUUUGCCAUGGAAAUUGUGCUAACUUCAUUUUGGGCUGAAUGAGAAGUGUAAGAUUAUCUAUUGUUUCAUUGGCCCUCCAUUGCUUGAAGGGUUUUAUGGUAGUGUCUCUGACUGAAAGAUGUGUCGAUUAAGUAUAUCACUUUGUUGAAGGUUGUUUACUCGAACACCUAUUGGCGUGUUAGAGCCUAUGUGUUGUCCAUUAAGGAUAUCCAUCGAUUCUGUCAAUUAACAAGAACAAGGCGUGUAUCAGCGAAGAAAUAUUUCUUUUCAAUGACUUCUUUAUCACACAUUGCAAACACUCUCAAACCGCCAUUCAACACGUCCUGAAGACAGUAUCGUGUCAGUGUCUUCACCUUACACGAAUAUAUCAGCUGCAUACUGUAGGUGUACCAAAGAUAUUCUCAUGUGAUAAGAUCGAUAUGCACGAAGUCAGACUACAACACGGAGACAAACAUAACUACGUCUAUGAUAAAGUUGAAUAAGUAUUGACAGAAUCUGACGAAAUAUACCCAUUUAUUCAUUAACAAGAACAAGGCAUUCCUUUUCAAGGACUUCAUUAUCAAGCUGUACAGCAGUCGUAUUUACACUGAGUAAAGUGACAGAUAAUUGCACUAAAAAGGGAGUUGCUCAGUCAAUAUGCAAAAUAUACAAUCAGUGAAGGGGUGGUGGUAUUUGUUCAAGUGGAAGAGAUAGAAAAUGGGUCACUGCGAAUAAGGAGGAACGAAUUGAUAACAAGUGGUGAGAUAAGCGACAAGUGUU